UUUAUUCGUUCAGUUGCGUUUUAUACGUUUGCCGUGCUCUCCUCUCUUUUUGCAAAUAUGGGAUAUUAUAGGAAUUUAUUGGGAUUCAUAACUCUUUUCGGUUUCCUGCAAUUGACAAAGCAGCAUUGUUACAUGAUGAAAUUGGUGGGCGCAAAGUCCUGGGACACGCCCAGUUAUGGGCUCAAACUCAACAUGUUCGAGAAGAACAACUCGAUGUCCUCGGUGACCACUGUACGGCAGGACGUGGCCAUUCCAUUGUGGCAUCUCGUCCUCUUGCAACAUCCGCGCAAGCGGAGCUCCGCAUCUGCACCGCGAGCGGAACUUCCGCGUACACUGUACAAUGGCACGACGAAAACGUGCGAUUUCUGGAAAUACAUUCGCCACGUAUCCGCCUGGAAUAAUGUGGCCAAGUUAAUACUCUCGAAGGGUGCCAGCAAUAUGAGUCUCGCCUGUCCACUGAAAACGGGCGUAUACGUAAUGAAUCGCAUCCAAGUGCCGCCGGAAACGGCGCUCCUGAAGUUCAUGUACCAUCCAAACACACUGUACACCCUGGAGGGCACUGUUUACUCUCUGAAUCCCAAAGACAAGGUCACCAGAAAGGCUUUAUGCUAUUACGAGGUGAAUGCCACCAUCUACAAAUCUUGUUGACAAACUUUAGUGUCUUAAAAAUCACGCGAAAAGC